AUGGCCCGCCGAUAUCUCGGCGGUUCAGGAGAGCGGCUGACGGUAUGGAUAUCCAUUGCCGCCUCCACGGUGUUGAUAUUCUACGGCUAUGAUCAAGGCGUCUUCGGGAACGUCCUCGUCUCGGAUGACUUUCUGAGGACAAUGGGCUACCCUUCGACCGCAGACCAGGGCACGAUGACCUCGGUGUAUAAUCUAGGCUGUUUCGCAGGCGCCCUAUCAACGCUUUACACCGGCGACAAACUCGGCCGUCCCCGUGUUCUUAUGCUGGGGAGUUCCGUCAUCGCCGUGGCGGCAAUCAUACAGGCCUCUUCCUACAGCGCUGGGCAGAUGUAUGCCGGGCGGGUCAUCGCCGGGCUGGGCACCGGGAUGAACACAGCGACUGCCGGCGUGUGGCAGUCCGAGACGUCCAAGAUGCGGAGCCGUGGCAAGCUGAUCAUCAUUCAGAUGGCGAACUGUAUCACGGGCUUUGCCAUCUCCAACUGGCUGACGCUUGGCUUCUCUUUCGCGCCGGGGAGUGUCUCGUGGCGGUUUCCGCUCGCUUUCCAAAUGUUCUUCUCCGGGCUUGUCUUGCUUAUGUGCCCGUUUCUCCCCGACUCCCCGCGUCUGCUUAUUCGUAAGGGCCGGUACGAUGAGGCAAUGGAGGUUCUUGCCGCUCUCGAAGGCCAUGGCGCCACACCUGGCUCGCCAUCCGUUCGCACCCAGUUCUCCAUUAUCAAGGACGUUCUUGAUCGAGAAUACGCUGUGGAGUACACCUGGAUGCAACUGAUCACCGGGCGUGGACCCCCAGGUGCGAUGCGGAGAAUGAUUUUGGGGGCCUGGAUGCAAGCUAUGAACCAAAUCUCAGGAAUAAACGUCACGUCUUAUUACAUGACUUACGUCUUCAUCCACGCCAUCGGCUUCAGUGAACUGACGGCCCGCAUCCUCGCCGCUGCAGGGUCCAUGGACUACCUCUUCUUCUCAUUCAUGGCUUAUUUCGUGAUCGAGCGCUACGGCCGCCGCCGCGUGAUGAUGGUGUCAGCCGCGGCGUGCUCCACGUGCUGGACUAUCAUUGCCAUCGCAACAGGACUCACCGAGACCGGGCGCGGCGACAGUUACAGGCUGGGAAUCGUUGCCGUGUCCUUCUUCUUCGUCUUCUUCGCCUCAUUCGCAAUGGGCGUCCUAGGGGUACCCUGGCUAUACCCGACCGAGAUCAACGCGCUGGCCUUCCGUGCCAAAGGCGCCAGCCUGGCUAUGGCGACCAAUUGGAUCAUGAACUACAUGGUGGCGCAAGUGACCCCGCCUGGUAUCGAAAACCUGGGCUAUAAGUUCUGGAUCAUCUGGGCUGUCAUCUGUGCCUCGUUCAUACCCACGACGUAUUUCUUCUACCCAGAGACGGCGAAUCGAUCGCUAGAGGAUAUUGACAGAUUCUUUGAGGGGAACCAUAAAGUCUUUGUGUUCGGAGACAAAAUGGCAACUCAGUUACACAGACCAAGCAUCUAUGAGGAGGCUGAUAUGGAGAUCGCCGCCAAGAAUGAGAAGUCUGACAGUAGCGCCGGUCAUGUUGAGAAAAGGGAGAAUGAGGCCGGUAUAGAAUGA